AAAACUACAAAGUGAACGUGUUUGAAGUUUGAACAUGAUACCGUGAUCUUCCUGAAAAAGAAAAUUGAUAUUGCAGCAAUGUACUCAUUCGUGGUUCUCAACCGAUAAUUUCAUGCGAAAGUGCAAUGCAUACAGUAUACAGAUUCGGUUUGAAAUGGAUCAAUAUUCAGAUUGCACCCCAGAUGUUUGUUCAAAUUACUAACAGUGGGUGUUUUGGGUUAAACAUACUUUGGAGGCAACAGAGAGAAGCAGAUCAUAACCAUCAAUGAAAUGAAGCAGAUCAUAACCAUCAAGAAGUGCAGAUGAGUCAACUAAUAUUAUUUUUGUUAACCAUAGGUAUCUAGACACAGUCCUAUUCAUAUUCGACCCGAGUGUGUUAAAGGUUAAAGGUCUCUCUAAUAAUGUGUCUUCUAAGGGUUGAACUUUCAAUGGGUUCAAACAGUCAUUUUUAACCACUCCGACCUGUAUCCAUUACAUAUGAGUUGACUUAUAUGGUAACUUGUGACUUGUAACAUGUUAUACUAUAGAGUAUAGACAGACACACACACAGCACAAGCAUUGCUGAACUAUACAUAGGCCCAGUGACCACGUGACCCAACCUAAUCCUGCCAUCCAUGUUGGUCCCCUUUGUGGGUUCUAAACUCUCAUGAUGUUAACCCCCCACUCCCUCCCUCUCUUGAUUUCAAUAGCCUGCUGCAGAGUCUCAUUCUCAAACCAGGUUUCUGAGAAAAGCAAUGAAGAUCUUCAACUGGGUGCACAAGAGGUUCCAUAAUAACGCUCUCAAAGAUGGAUUUGCUUCAAACAUAAAGAAGACUGAACCUGUAAUGAACAAAGAUAGUCAAGCUUUGCUGAAACAAGUUGCCCUGACUGAUUUGCUAGGUGGUUGGAAAGAUGGCAUUCUAACCAUUGGUACUCUUGGCUAUGAUCCCCUGAAGUCCAUCAACCAUAACAAGGAAUACUUUGCUUUGGAAGCUGAACAUAAUGGACAAGGAGAAGGUGAUCAAGUGGAGCAUAAUGAUGAGGAAAACUGCUAUAAUGCUGAGCACGAGGAGAAUCCAUUGAUGCACACCACAUUCGAGCACAAGUUCGAGGAUGUAGUCUGUGAAAACCAUGAUGCUAAUGCUAGCAGCAAAGAGGAGGUGGUUAGGACCUUCAGUGAAAUUGUUGAGGUUCCAAUUGUGAUUCCUAAUGAAGUGAUGGAGUCAAACGAAAUUGUUGAGGUUCCACUUGUGAUUACUAAUGAAGUCAUGGAGUCAAACAAUGUGGAGACUGAUCAAAAGAAGAUGAAAGGAGAAAGGAUCACAUUAGCGGACCUCUUCCUGGCUGAUUCUGAUGUUAAGAUGAAACUUCACCCUGCAAAAGUCUUCCAUGAGUCAAGUGAAAAACCAAAGCUUAAAACAAAGCAUGGACUCUCUUUUGCCAAGAAGAUCAUUCCCCGUGUUAAGGACAAUGCAUAUCCAAUGAAAGAUAUCAAGAAACUGAUGAAGAAGAUGUUAAAGAGGAAAAUCCAUCCGGAUCUUGAGCUCAAGAAUCACAAAGCAGAAGGCCAGGAAGCCAGUGCAGCAGGAAUCAUUGAUAAUCACAUCAAUGAAGGCAACAACUCAAUGUGUGUUCUUCCAAAUUAAGGUACUCGCUAGCUAGUGUUGAACUCGGGGAGUGUCUCUGUUUAUCUGGACAUGUAGAUUGUUUAUGAUACGUAUAAGAUUUAAUAUUUAGGUUUUCUUGGUGUCGCUUAUGACCAAUGCAUUGAACCAUGUGAUUCUGUAAUUUGUGUUAUCCCUUUGUAUCUGUUGGCUAUAGUUUGACGUGAGGACAUGUCUCUGUUAUCUGUUCCUGUGGAUGAAAAUUAUUUUGGCAAGCCUUUAUGCA